CCGGGUGUCAAGUCCGCAAAGUGUCCUUGAGGGCGCUGUAAUUGCAUGAUGUAGCACUAACGUUAGAUGUAAACAUGGCGUACAUAUCGGAAGGUGGUCAGAUACUGGAGUCAAGAUCACCAUGGAGACUGGCGUUCAUUGGGGAAGUGUUUUGGGGCAUCAUUAACUUUGUCAUAUUGUUCUUCCGAACAAUGGUUACGCCUGACUUAACUGGCAAGGGGCGUGGCUACACGUCAAGCUACCAAGCUGGAAAUGGAGGCGGGAGAGGGCUUGGCCCACCACCAGGCCCAAGAAGAAGAAUGGGUGGAUUUAGGGGUGGGAGUGGAGCACCAAGGGCCCCACCCCCUGCCGGAGGUGGAUGAGGAAGGUGA